AUGAUUCCCAUAACGUUAGAUUUCCAAAUCACCGGGGGUUACAGCAAACCCUUAAUCGCGCCUGAGCCGCGCAAAAUACUACCCGUUGGCCGCACAUUUCAAUCCCAUGCCGCUAAAUGGACUCUAGCCAAACAUAAAGCUCGGGCUGAUCCAGAGUCUGGGCCAUCUGAGCUCAGUCCAGCCAAUUGGGGGACGGUGGACAAGGCCAAGGACGACCCGUUCUCGGCGGCCAACCCAACAAUUUCCAACACCUCGCCGCUGGCCGACCGGCCCAGCUUCAGCCGCUCUGAUUCGCGCUCCCACACGCCUUUCGUCGGCCUGCUUUUGCCCGCUACCAGGUUGCCUGUCAUCGCCCCCAGCUCUUUUGAAGCCCUCUUUGAAGGCCAUCAGACCCAAAAGGAUAGCCGUCUGAGCCGCGCCGAAGGCUUCGACGAGAUCGCCAUUGGCGCCAACACCCUCCCCGAGGUGUCCAACUCCAAGUGA